UAUUAGAAACGGGAAACUACACCAACAAGGAAAAAAUUGCCCUGACAAAGAAAGAGAAAAUUUUCAAUAGCCAUUUUAUCUUUUCUUUCUACAAUUCCUUGCCUUUCUCUGUGAUUCUGCAGCAGCUCUUCUCAGAAUCACGGGGGGGCAAAAGGUUCAUUCUUUUUGCCUUUCCCUCUGAAUUUAGCUAAACUAUGGUGCCAUUUUGAACAUGAUCGAGCUUCUUCAUGGAAGGCUUGGAUUAUAUUCUUUUAGCUGUAAUGUCUUAGAUUUGUAAUAGAUUCCUGUUGGAAUUUUUGUUGUUGUUUUUGAGUUGUUGGUUGAGGCCAAGUCAUGGCGCCAGAGCUAGCCUUGCCAUUCUCUGUUGUAUCUGUGGUCGAAGAUGUUCUUCAGACGCACGGAAGCUGUUUAAGCGACAUUCACUUGGCAUCAAGGAUGGCAGAAGAAGCUUCCUCAAGAAGGAAUGAAGCAGCUGGGUGGCUAAGAAAGACAGUUGGAGUUGUUGGAGGGAAAGACAUUCCAGAUGAGCCUACUGAAGAAGAUUUCAGGAUUGCAUUACGAAGUGGCAUUGUCCUUUGCAAUGCUCUUAACAAAAUUCAACCCGGAGCAGUGCCCAAGGUAGUUGAAGUCCCCUGCGAUAGUGUUAUCAUUCCUGAUGGGGCACCUCUGUCUACUUACCAAUACUUUGAAAAUGUAAGGAAUUUUCUGGUAACUAUGGAAGAAAUGGGGCUUCCCACCUUUGAAGUGUCUGAUAUAGAACAGGGAGGAAAAUCUUCGAGGAUAGUGAAUUGUGUUUUAGCACUUAAGUCUUACAGUGAAUGGAAACAGGGAGGAAAAAAUGGGUCAUGGAAAUAUGGUGGGAAUCCAAAGCCACCUACCAAUGCUAAACCAGCUAUUAUGAUGAAAGUCUCAGAACCAUUCAUGAGGUCUUUGUCAAAGGGUAGUAGGUUAGGCGAUAAAGAUGGGUUACUGAAUGAUAUAUCUACAAACAGUGAAGGGGGUUCUAUACCCUCCCUGAAUUUACUAAUUCGUGAAAUUUUAUCUGUUAAGAAGCUAGAAGAAAUUCCCACUGUGGUGGAGUCUCUACUUAGCAGAGUCAUGGAGGAGUUUGAAAAGCGCUUGCUAAUCCAACAAGAAAUGUUCAAAACAACUCAAAACUAUAAGGCACUGCCUGAAGCAGAGGAUUCCAAUGUGAAAUCUGCCUGUAAUGGUGAAGAGAUGGAAGAAGAUGGAGAUGUGGUGGUUAAACACAAGGAAUUUGUUGAUGUGAAGGACAAUGUCGACGAAGAACCAAACAGCCAGUAUUUUAAGCAGCAAGAGUUAAUUCAGCAGCAAAACGAGAACGUCCAGGAAUUGAAAAUGAUGGUUCAUCAAACAAAAACAGGAAUACAGGUUCUGCAAAAUAAAUACCAGGAGGAUAUGAUCUAUCUAAGUAAACACCUGCAUGGCCUAGCUUCUGCUGCUUCAGGAUAUCAGAAAAUUCUUGAAGAAAACCGCAAGCUAUAUAAUCAAUUGCAAGACCUGAAAGGAAAUAUUAGGGUGUACUGUAGAGUUCGUCCCUCAAAAGGUGCCCAACCAAAUCAUUGCUCUGUCAGUAACAUAGAUGAAGGAAGUAUAUCACUCAUAGUGCCAUCCAAAAACGGGAAAGAUGGGAAGAAGACAUUUAAUUUCAACAGAGUCUUUGGUCCUUCUUCAACCCAAGCGGAGGUUUUCUCAGAUACAAAACCACUGAUUCGUUCGGUUCUUGAUGGCUACAACGUGUGUAUAUUUGCUUAUGGUCAGACAGGAUCAGGAAAAACACACACUAUGUCUGGACCAGACAAUUAUACUGAGGAAACAGUGGGUGUCAACUACCGCGCUCUGAAAGAUCUUUUCCAAAUCUCAGAGCAGAGAAAAGACACCAUUCAUUAUGAUAUAUCUGUUCAAAUGCUUGAGAUUUACAAUGAACAAGUCAGAGAUCUAUUAUCGACAGACAGUACUCACAAAAGAUAUCCUUUUCUCUAUACUAAACUAGUUAUUUUCUUUAUACAGGAUUUAUGCAUGCCAUUUUACUUUAGUGAUUAUAUUGCUCAUGUUUGUGGCCCUUUAACACUUCAUACAUUAGAAAUCCGCAACAGUUCUCAUAAUGGCAUUAACGUGCCAGAUGCAAACCUUGUUCCUGUUUCAUCCACUUCCGAUGUCUUAAAAUUAAUGAACUUGGGACAAAAUAACCGGGCAGUUAGUUCUACUGCCAUGAAUGAUCGGAGUAGUCGUUCUCAUAGCUGCUUGACAGUUCAUGUUCACGGAAGAGAGCUAGCGUCAGGGAAUAGUCUUCGUGGUUGUAUCCACUUAGUUGACUUGGCAGGAAGUGAGAGGGUUGAUAAAUCUGAGGUCACAGGAGAUAGGCUGAAGGAGGCUCAACAUAUUAACAAGUCGCUUUCUGCAUUAGGAGAUGUAAUUGCUUCACUUGCCCAAAAGCAAUCACACGUUCCUUAUAGGAACAGCAAACUUACUCAGCUACUUCAAGAUUCUCUCGGAGGCCAAGCAAAGACACUUAUGUUUGUUCAUGUUAGUCCCGAGCCAGAUGCCAUUGGAGAAACAAUCAGUACAUUGAAGUUCGCAGAAAGGGUAUCCACUGUUGAACUUGGUGCUGCUCGAGUUAACAAAGAUAGUUCAGAGGUCAAAGAGCUUAAAGAACAGAUUUCGAUUCUGAAGGCAACCUCCGCCAGGAAGGAUGGAGAAUCGGAACAAUUUCAUCAGUCUGCAAAUAGCAUUUCUGAAACUCCAAAGUCCAAAUCUCUAUUGUCUUCCACUGCACGGUCACCUACUUCGUCUCAUGGAAAUCGUAAGCCACCAAGGGAAGAUUCCAGUAGCACGGUGGAGGACAAGAAAAAGGGUAGCCCGAAGCUCGCGAAAAGAGGAAGCCUUGACCCCUUGGACGUUCAUAGGAACUCACCACCUUGGCCACAUCAUGCAGAGGAAAAUGGAAAAGAGGAUGAUAAGGAAUUGGUUUCUGGGGAUUGUCUUGGUAAGCGUACAAAAAGGAAUGGCCGCUUAAGUACUGAAAACAACAUCGUGGGAGACUGUGAUACAGAAAGCAAGCAGUCAUCUUCUCCAACGCUAAGUCCCUUGGAUAUUUUUGACCCUUCCAAAAUAUGCACGGAGGAGACCACCAUAAAUGACUGUGAUGAAUUUGAGUUAGCAACCAGUGAAAGUUCAGAAUCAGACAAGAGUUGGGAAUCACAUGUACACGUACCAAAAGCAACCACUCAUUCCAACGGAGUAGCAGCUAAAACAAAAAAAUCACCAAAUCCAAGACAAGCCAAGAAUCAAGAAAACAGGAGUAAGAUCCCGUCAUUGUCUCCUUCAUCAUCAAGGAGACAACCUACGGUAGUUAGUCAACAGAGAAAGCAUCUAGAUGCAAAAAGAAGAACUGGAAAUGCCAAAUGAGAAAAGCUGCUCAAGAUAUUUUGUUGCUUCACCACCUUAACAUUGUAUCUAUAAUUUAGUUUCUCAGAGAGAGGCUUCUUUUUUUUUUUUUCAUUAGAGGGGCAUUAAAUAGUUACCUGUGUUUCUCCGGUGGUGAGCAUGAGUCCCAUUCCAAACCAUCUUUCUAUACAAACAUAGUUUUUGUAAGAAAAAUCGCCCACCCUUAGUUUCAUGUGCACCUUGUUGCACUAGACUAUAGGAGAUUGAUGAAUGGAAAGGAGAAUAAAGAACAGAAAGACGCAGGUUGACAAUUUUGUUUGUGUUUUCCACGACACAACACUAUAUUGUCUACCGACAAGGGUUAGGAUCCGUACAGCGGAAAGGGUUGAAGGGCUAUUGGAACAUAGUGAAAGUGGUUGGUUUAGGCAAAGGAGUUCAUCUUUUUAACGUCACUAAUUAAGGUUCAAACUUCUGUAAAGCAUAGUGUUUAUGAUUAGUGAUUGAGUAAUGGGAAAAAGAAAGGGACAAUGAUAUUCG